UUGAUUGGAAAAGAUGUUGGUUAUUAUCAGGACUAUGUUAAUGAGUGGUUUGGAGCACAUGUGAAGCAUUAAUUUAAAUUGAUUCACUUUCCAAAAGUGAUCACACAUAAUAUGAUAGUCAAUGCAUGAAUAGCUAUAAAAUUUCUUUAAUUAUUGUCUUGGGGGAGUUCUUUUCAGAAAACCCUUGUUAAUAUUGGCAUAAGAAGUUUUGGCAUCUGAUUAAAAAUGGCCUUCAUCGCGAAAAAUUAGAGAAUAGACAGAUUGAAUUCGAUAUAUCACAUAAGUGAGUAGAUUUGUUCACUAGUUCAGAUCGAUCACAACCGUUGCUCAUAUAUCAAAAGUUGAUGCUAUUCUUGUCAGUACAAAAAGGACCCUCUUUAUGUCCAACUUUAAUGCUUAGUUCCAUGUUUUCUGGUUGAGACCAAUAUUGACGACUUCAAAUUAAGGUCGUCCUCAUUAUGGUCAUUUCUCUGGUAGAAGUCUGACAAUUCAUGUGUGGAGUUGGAUCUGACGAUGGAAUUGGGAGAGGCAUAGAUGAUGGCGGCAAGUGUGUAGGAGUCCAUAAGACGCAACAGAUGCCUAGUGUGGCGAAAAAUGACGGUGGGAAGUGGUGCGAUGUGCUAGAUAUAUGAGUACUAUGCAUUUUUUUUAUGAAUUCAGGCGCUCAAGUGCAGAGAUCUGACUACCUGAAAAUUUAUACAACAACCUAACUUACAUUAGUUUUCACAUAACUGAUAAAAAUAUGAAUGGGUGACCUCCAGCACUUAAAAAUGGAAAUAGAUCGGCGCUCCAAUUUGACUACCGAAGCAGUGCAGUGUGAGUUUGAUGGGAGUGUUGUACCGAGAGUGAACAUGAAUCUUUUUGCACAAUAUUUUUUCUCCCUCCUGGCUUGCUACGAUUCCAUCGUUGUGAUUGAGGGCUUUAGCUUUUGUUCCCCGCGGCUGGUUGGGAUCACCCCACGCACACCACAUACAGUGCAUCCGAAGUUGUUGGACGUCAAUAUUCCAACCUUUCCUCGUCCAACCCCAUGACUCAUUCCUCGUCAUCUACACCACGUCCACAUAAAAGAACUUGUUUCUGUGGUCUCUCUCUCUCUCUCUCUCCAUACACACCUCCCUCCUUACUCAUCUUCCUCAAGUGUUUUUUUCCCAGUAACCUCCCAUUCGAUAAACCAUGCUGCUCACUGCACUCUUGCUGUCCCUUAUCUUCAUCGCUACCCUUGGAAACAUACUCUUCCACGUGCCCCUGAAGAAGCUCCCUGUGCUACUCAAGUCUCUCUUCGCUGUGGUGACGGCCCGAGAGCAGGAGCGGCUGCAGAAGAGGAAGGAGCAGCCGACUAUGAGUGCCAAGAGGAGGGAGGAGCUGAAGAGUGUGUUCGCGAUGUUCGAUAGGAACCACGAUGGGCUCAUCGCGAGAGAGGAGCUGGGGGAGUCUUUGAGAGGCCUUGGGAUCUCCGUGUCAGAUGCGGACUUGGAGGAGGCAGUGAUCGGUUCUGACACUGAUGGCGAUGGCCGUCUCGACCUUGAUGAGUUCUGCAGCCUCCUGGAGUCCUUAUCCACGGCCAAUGCGAAUGAGAGGGAGGCCAGGAGGGUGGACGGUGAUUUCUGUGAAGGUGACGGUUGGGAGGUGGAGCUGAAGGAGGCAUUCGACGUGUUUGACAGGGACCGGGAUGGGGUUAUAACAGUGGAGGAGUUAGGGCUGGUCUUGUCAUCGUUGGGAAUGAGCCAAGGGAAGAGGAGGGAGGAGUGCCAGGAGAUGAUAAGGAAGGUGGACGCGGAUGGAGAUGGGAUGGUCAAUUUUGACGAGUUCAAGAGGAUGAUGAAGGGGGGUCAAACGCUUCUCGUCUCUGCUUAUUGAGGCGUUGCUGGCUGUCUUCUAUUUCUCUAUUAUAGUCGCAAGUGUCAUGCGAAAGAUUUUGUACAGGCAACGGAUAUAAGUUAUAUCAUAUAACCAGGAAGAUCAAUCACUUGCGCUUUUAAUGGAGUCCCUGCCAGGAUCAUAUGUCCAAAAGGGCCCCAACAAGAUGGUAAGAUUUAGAUUCAUAUUAGGACGACGAUGAUACUACUUCUCCGAAAACUCGGUUAAGUUACCAGCCGUGGAGUUCACCGUUCACCUAUUGAGUAGAGAUUUCAGGAAAAAUUUUCACAUGCAUUUACCACGUCGAGUAGAGUUCCCCAGGUGUUUCUCUCUAGGGAUCCGAAUGCCAAGGUGCAGACCGGAAAUCCGGAGUGGAGGUAGUUGAUUCAUAGAUCUUUACUUUAAGAGUCUCUUGUUUGUCAGGAAAAAAGGUAGAAAAUUCUUAAUCAUAUUGUAUUGGUGCCAAUUUAGUUAUAAACCUUAUAAUGGUGUGAAUUCACUCUUAAAUAUUUUGACUCAAUGUCAAUUUGGUCUUUCCAACUAAAUUUGGCCGAAUAUUACUUAUAUGGACGCCGAUUGGCCUAUGGGGCAUGUAAAUUGUCCAAAAAGUCUUGAACUUUUCAAUUUCGCUAAUUGAAUUCUAAACCUUUAUACUUUUUGCUAAUUGAGUUAAUUCGGUCAAUUUUGGGAGGAAUUCACUAACAUGGGCACCGACUGUCUUACGCAACACGAUUGGUGCUAAGGUGGACAAAAUUUAUUAUCUUUGUAUUUUUUUACUUUUAAUUUCUUUUUUUCUUUCUUUUUUUUUUCCUCUUCGCCGGUUGCCAGCCUUUGGGGAUCGGCUAGAGGCUACAAUUAGCUAGGGUGACCCUCGCCAACCUCAGGCAAGGGUUGGCCUCAUUGGCGAUCUCGCCAACCUCAGGCGAGGCUCUUCUCGCCAAAUUCGGCGAGUUCGAGCCUAACCAAAGGCCACUAAGGGUCAGCCUCAAGUGAUGUUGCCCUUGUCGAGAUUUGGUGAGGGAUGACUUCGCAGGCCAUGAGUGAGGCUCGCUAUUGAUGAGGUUGCUAGAGGCUAGCAAGGGUCACCCUCACCGAAGGCCAAUGAAGGUGAGCCCUCGCCCUCACUUGAAGCAGGUGAGGGGCGACCUUGCCGAUUGCCGAGGUCACCCCCUGCUAGUCGCCUAGUUGUAGCCUCUAGCCUUUUGCCGAAGGCUAAGCGACCAAUAGAGGAAAAAGAGUGCCCAAAAAAAAAGAGGAAAAGUAAUAAAGAAAUAUUUUAAAAAAUAAUUAAAUUUUUGAAAAAAUAUAUAAAAAAUAAUAAAUUUUGUCCACAUCGGCAUCGGCGUCCAUGUCAGUGAAUUUCAAUCAAAAUUGGUUCGAUGAACUGAAUUAGUAAAAAGUAAAAAGAUUUAGGACUUAAAUGGCAAGUGUAAUAGAUUUAUGCCUUUUUGGAUAAUUUUUGCUUUAAUUUGUUUAGACAAUUUUUAAUAAUAUUUAAUAUUUUGAUUUUUUAUUAAACUUUUUUUCUUUUUCUUCUUCCUUUUGCCGGUGAUUGCCAUAAAUGAUAGCCAGCCACUAGCCAUGGCCAAACGGGCUUGCCUCGCCUAGGUGAGGAUUGAUGUUGCCCACCAUAGGUGAGGCUCAGUUGGGCAAGUACGAGCCCCGAUGAGGGCUCCCCUAGCUAGAUAUAGUGAGGCCAGCCCUUGCCGAGGCCUGGCAAGCAUCGCUUAAAAAAUGAGUGACUGUGAGUCUCUACGGCUUGGUUAUGGGGAGCCUACUUUGGCUUGGGUUCAUGUUGGUGGCAGAUAGGUCCUACUCCACCACAAGCUUCACAUCCCAAGCACGCAUCUCCACUUUGUCCAUGAAGUUCUCAGCGAAAACCUUUCAAAGUCUCUUGCUUGUUCUUUUGUACAACGGCCACCUGGAUUGGAACUCAAACUUCUGAGCCUGGAAUGUCAGCCCUCGCGCUUGCGGCGAUCUCUUUUUCGUAACAACCCAUCUGACAGUGGUUGGCCCAAAAGUGGCGGUGACAAUUGUCUCCUCAUCACCAUGAUCAAAGACGGAAGAAGCGAGACUGAGCUUUCCAGUCGGCCAUGGCCUAGGCGAGGGCUGGCCUAGCCCGAUAUGGCUCCUUUAACUAGGUGUACUAAUGGCCUCAAUGCUGACAUUGAAGGUGAAAGCUGAUGGUCUGUUCUAAUGUUUGGUGGAUGAAGUUGGGCAUAAUUUCCGAGCAAUGGCUGUUUUAGUUUAACAAUGUAGGCCUGAUGACAAACUUCAUAUCUUGAUGUAGAAUUAUAUUCAAAUUAAGAGGGAUUUCACA